CUCUACUUGAAAAGGUAGAUGAAGUAAAAGAUGUAGGCGUUAUCUUUAGCAGUAAUUGUAGGUUUUUCAUCACAUUUAACAAAAACCAUAGCAUCUACGAAGAAAACACUGGGUAUUAAUUUUUCCAAGUACAGCUUUACGAUUUAGAUAUGCCGGAGCAAAAGGACUCAAUUUUAUAUUCGCAACUCCAGCCAUGGAGUACUGUAGGCGCCACGCCUUGCAUGGAGCAAGUCGCCGGGCCUCCCAUGCCCCAUAGGAUAGGAACGUAUUACAAGACACCACGACCUCAUCCGUGGAGACCGACACUAGGAUAUGAGAUUGUAGAACCGAUGCCUUUGCCUAAACAACACACCACCAACGCUCUGAUCGAUCCCUGUUACACGCCAAUGGGCAUGGCGACGGAACCUUUGAGGUUCCCCAAUAUGGUGACUGGAUUUGAGCGAAACCCAGCCCACGCAGCUCGAGCAGCAUUAUAUACCAGAUACACACCUUUGGAAUGGACUCAGAGCAAUCUGAAGCUAUACAACGAAGCAGACACCACGAAAAAUUACUCUGAAAGAUUAAGGGGCGAUUCCAUAAGAGCUAUGAGAGAAACAGAUGAAAAAACCGCGCAGGGUCAAAGAGAAUCUGGUAGAAGGUUGGGCGAACGAAUAACGGACACCACUUUUUGGAGGAACGAAGUGCGAACCGAGCUAGAACGUCUUAUAGCCGAAACGGAUCUGCUGAUGGGUCAAAAACGAGCUCUCAAAAAGGCCAUCGACGAUAUAGAAGGUCCGUUACACAUUGCACAAGAGUGUUUGUACCACAGAGAAAAGAGAGAAGGUAUCGAACUGGUGCACGAUCAAGCCGAGCAGUCUCUGCUGAUAGAAAUCGAACUGUACAGGAACAGACAAGAGCAACUGAAAUGCCUCUUCAAUAAAGUCUGUGAUCAACUGCGUAACAACAGAGCGGCUCAACACCAAUUAGAAAUCGACGUAAAUAGCAAAGAUGCCGCACUGGGUAUCGACAAUAUGUGCCAUCAGCUCAACAACUACUCCAAAGGGAUUAACUACUAUGGAGGAAUUGAGAAAUUCGAUCCUACCACGAGCAACACCGUAACCUGGGCGGAAAACAGCAACAGGAUAGUCAAUAGAUCCCAAUCGGAACGAGCGAAAUCGGCCCAAAUGCGAUCCGACUCUUCGACGCUCAUUAAUUCAUCGUCGCAGGAAAUAUGGGACGCUUGGAGCAACACCAACAACGCUCUUGCUCGCAAAGCAGCUGAAACCCUGGAUAACAAGAGCAAAGUGCAGUUUAAACUACACCAGGUUCAACAAGAAAUAUUCGAUUUGGAAAAGUAUAUAGAGCUAUUGAAGAAGGCGAUUAGAGAUAAGAGUCCGCCGAUGAAAGUGGCGCAUACGAGAUUGGAAGCUAGAACUCACCGAAAGGAAAUCGAAUUGUGUCGAGAUGUUGCGCAGGACAGAUUGGUGUAUGAGGUGAAGGAUCUUCAAGAUAGCGUAGAAAUUUUGCACAGGAAGCUGCAAGAAGCCGAGGCACAACAUCAACAACUACUCAAGACCCGUACCAACCUAGAAACUGAUUUACAUCACAAGGUUGGCGCCCUCUUCAUCGACAGGGAAAAAUGCUUGGGCUUAAGAAGGUCAUUCCCAAUCACAGCCACAAUCAAAUAUUAACACCUUCAUCUCUUAGAAAUGUUAGUCUAUCUAAAUUUCGUAAAAAAGAAUGUGCAAUAAAAGUGUUAACAAUAAUAUAUUUUUAUUUUCAACCUAUUUAAUUACUUUACAAAUGUCGGAAGGGGUAAUUGCAAGCCUUCUUUGGCUUCAAAAAAUGUGUAUGACAAUGUUAUUUCGUUUACAUAUUCCAUGUAGGGAUCUUCUGUUAUUUCGGGGUCAAUAUAAAAGAAUACAGG